GGAAAGGAAAAGCCAAACAAAACAGUAAAUUAGUUGAUUAAAAUCUUUUUUUCUCGAAUAGCAAGACAAAACCAUUCAACAAAAACGCUGCCGUAUCUUAGUGGACGUCUCCGUCGUAAAUGGCCAUGGGGGAGCCAAAGCCAAGGGUAAGCGGUGCUUCUUCCUCCACGGACUCAUAUUCAACCCCUUCAGCGUCUCCGACACCAACUCCAGCUCCACGUCAGCCCGUCACGUUACUCGAACCAUCUCACCAACACAAGAAAAAAGGCAAGAAAGUCUUCCGCGUCUUCCGCUCCGUGUUCCGUUCUUUUCCCAUCAUCACACCGGCGGCUUGUAAAAUCCCGGUCCUUCCGGGAGGUAGCUUACCCGACCAGCAUCGAAGUGGGUCAAGCGGGUCAAGAGUCUCCGGGACCUUGUUCGGAUACCGUAAAGGCCGUGUAAGCCUCUCAAUUCAAGAAAACUCUAAAUGUUUUCCAUCUCUCGUCGUCGAGCUAGCAAUGCAAACAAUGGUGCUACAAAAGGAAUUGAGCGGAGGAAUGGUUAGGAUCGCUUUAGAGACGGAGAAACGUGCGGACAAAGAGAAGGUCAAGAUAAUGGACGAGCCGUUAUGGACAAUGUAUUGUAACGGUAAGAAAACGGGGUACGGUGUGAAACGUGACGCGACGGAGGAAGAUCUUAACGUGAUGGAGUUGUUAAGACCGGUUUCGAUGGGUGCUGGUGUUUUGCCUGGGAACUCGGAGGCUGAAGGACCUGACUCGGAGAUGGCUUACAUGAGGGCUUACUUUGAGCGUGUCGUUGGGUCUAAAGAUUCAGAGACGUUUUAUAUGUUGAGUCCCGAAGGGAAUAAUGGACCAGAGCUUAGUAUCUUCUUCGUGAGAGUUUGAUUUGAUGUAAUGGUCGGAGACAAAUAUAUGGGUACGUUCUUGAUUGUAUAUGGAUGGAGAAGGUGGCCGGAACGAAGAUAGAUCUCGGUUUGUGGAUUGAAAUGUGAUUAUCUAAUCAUGAUGAUAUGUCUAUGGGUGCAUAUGGGACGUAUUCUUUAGGAAUGUGAUGUAUUCUUUAGGAUGAUUUAUAUGAAACUAUUUCAGGUUAAUAACAUGCACAUUUAUUCA